AUGCCAUCUAUUGAUCUCUCUUCAAUACCCAUACCACCCCCAACAACGUUACUCGAGCUUCGCAUGUCCAAACUAGAGAAGUUCGGCACCGUGCUAUCAGGCAUUGACGAGAAGCCCAUCCACAUCCCACUCUACGUUUCUGCGACUGGACUGACAGAUGACGAACACGACUUGACAUUUCACGCGGCAAAAUUCGUGGCUGGCGGUUUCGGUGAAAAAUUCGUUGCUCAAAGAUUCACGGAAGAAAAUCUCUGCAUUGGCAACUUGGUGCGUGUUGGAUCUCGAGACUCGGCAUCGAAUGAUGAUGGAACUGGGUGUCUGCUAGAAGUCAGCCUCUCACGUCAACCAUGCUUCAAGCUCAAUCAAAGAUUCGGCAUCAAAACCUUUGCUCCCCAGACGCACCAGGAAGACAAAACUGGUUGGGACUACCGUGUGAUCAAGCAAGGCUACAUCUUUGCUGGCAUGGAGCUGAGAGUGGUGGAGAGACCAAACCCUACCUGGUCCAUUGCCAGACUCCAGCACUUCUUCCAUCGAGACAAGAGUGACUUGAACAUUGCGAUGGAGUUGAGCGAAUUGUCCGAGCUGGGUGAUGAAUGUAAGGAUGUGUUCAAGAAGCGUAUUCGUGGAGUAGAGACCAAAGCAGCGAAACCAGUGGCGCAAUGGGUAGAAUACACAGUCACAUUCAAGACGCUCGAGACACAGUUGGAUGUUUGA